UUCGGCUGUGCUCUUACACGUUUUCUUCCUGCUUUGCCUCUCAUUCCACUCACCAAAACAUUCCACUCACCAAGAACCACGACAUCGGCACGAGCAGUCAUUGUUUCAGCUCACUGAUCUCUUGUGACGACCAGCGGCCGUGGAUCGCGCCCCGCCGACCAAAACGACCACCUGUCUUCAAUUCCAGGGUCAGGUUUCGGAUCCCGUGGUAGUCAGAGUCGCUUGUUGGUUUUCUAAGUAGGACUAAGUCUACACACACACACGUAGGCGUAUUAUUCCAGGCUACCGGCGAAGUGCUGGACUCUGACCACGCGCGAGGCGGGCGACCAUGCCGGUGGCAGUGGCAAUGUUCAGCGGCAAGUGGAAAUACGGGAGCGGCGACAACCAUGAAGCCUUCAUGUCGGCAAUAGGAGUUCCCAAGGAACUUCACCAGUUCGCGUCAGAGACGGUGUUCUACAUUGAAUGCCGGGAAGAGGGCGGGGUCAUCACCUGGGCAACGACGCCGGAGUAUCUUGGCGCCAAACACGGAACCGUGACGAACGUCUUCCGGAUCGGUGAGGAGAUAGAGGAGGACACUGGAGACGGCAAGAAGAAAAAGUGCGUGUACACCUGGGACGGGGACAAGCUGGUCUCCACCUAUCCAGACUGGGACGGCAAGGGGUUAAAGGUCACCAUGUCCAGGGCACUCGAAGGGGAUUCCACCAGCACGGUAAUGUCGGCGGGUGACGUCACGUGUACCGUGGUUUACCUCAGAUGUUAGUGACGUCACGUGUACCGUGGUUUACCUCAGAUGUUAGUGACGUCAUCUGCUUGUCAGUGGAAACACGGAGAAAAGAACUUAUUAACGUACAAUAUUCAUGGUAUCGGUAAAUCUGCUGGUCAGUUUUCAGCUUUUGUAUUAAUUUAUCAAGACCGAGUGAGAAAAAGGUACCAUGCUUUUAUCAUAAGUUGUGGGUCUAGAGAUUUAUGAUUAUGUGAUUAGAAGCUAACGUCUUGGUAAAAAAAAAUGAUGGACUUUAUUUCCUACCGGGUUAAACGUUGGGUACAACUCACGGACACUGUGACGUAGCUUCGGUCUUCCUCAGGAUUAUUGACCAAAUCACUUAGGUCACGUGGCCUAUCGCCUCACGUGACACAUGACAACAAUUAAUGGGUAAAAGGUGCUUGUAAGCCUGUAUCGCCCCCCGUC